CUCCCCCAUACGAAGGAGCUUAGAAGACAGGGGAUUCAGGGGCUCCGUCUUGAGUUUCCCUUGGACGGAUUACAAUAAGAAGAAGAGGGGAGAAUGGGACUUCUCGACCAGCUGUGGGACGAUACGAUGGCCGGUCCCCGGCCGGACUCCGGCCUCGGCAAGCUCCGCAAGUACUCAUCCUUCUCCCCCUCCUCCUCCUCCUCCGCCUCCGCAGCCGCCGCCGCCGUCGCCGAAGCUGCCGCGGCGCCCGGCGGCCUCCAGGUCACCCGGAGCAUCACCAUCCUGCGCACAGCCUCCUCCGGCGCCUCCUCCCCCCGCAGCGCCCUCGACUCCGGUUCCUCCGCCCCCUCCUCGCCAGCUAGCGUCCCCAGCUCCCCCCUCACCCCUACGGGGCCGAGAGGAGAAUGGAGGAGGCUGAAGAAGAAGCCGACGCCAACGGCGGAGGGUAUGGAGACGGCACAGCCCCGGAACCCGACCGUUUACGACUGGGUGGUGAUAAGUUCUCUGGAUAGAUGAGACCGAGUUAAAGAGGAGAAGGAUUACAGUUCACUUCAGUGUGGUGGAGACAGUGCUGUUUAUAAAUCUGUAUACAAAUGCAGAUUUUUGUAGUAAUAGUAGUAGUAAUAAAAUUGCGAGGGAGCGUAGGGAAAACACUAGGGGACAAGGAGUGCUUGGGUGGAGUGAUGGAGAGAAAACCUCGGUAGGUUUAAGCGAGUUUUGCAAAGCAGGAGUGUUCUUGGUCUUCCCCCCUCCAAUGCCUGUUUGGAGUUUUGCUUUGUAAAUUGAAUGAUGGCUCUUGGCUCUGUAUCCAACCAAAUUUUUUUUGCAUUUGUCAUGUCCGAUCUGACCAUUACUGCUGUGAACUUUGAUGCCAAAGUUAAAAGGUGUAAUGACGUAGAUGCAUGAUUUUUUUUC